AUUCGUUGAAAAUGGUUGAAAUAAGGACAUUAGCAAAGCUGACUGCAUUAUGUGGUUGCGCAUGUGUGACCACUAUGUCCGGAUAUAAAGACCAAAUGUCCGUCUUGAUAAGACGGUUCCUCUGAUUGGUUCUCGUGAAAUUAAUCACUGUUAAAAUUUAACCGGCUUUUGUUCAACCGGGCCGUAGACUGCCUUUUAGUUAUAGCAUCAAAUUUGUUGAAAAUGGUUGAAAUAAGGACAUUGGUAAAGCUAACUGCAUUAUGUGGUUGCGCAUGUGUGACCACAAUGUCCGGAUAUCAAUUCUACAUAACGAGGAAGGCAGAAGAGCGACCUUACUUCAAGGAGGCCGUAGAGUUAUUAAGAAAACAUGCUGCUGCGAAACAAUUAUUGGGUGAGCCCGUUAAAACAGGAUUUGUUGAUGCUCUCUCAGGCAGAACUUAUGCAGAUGAUUCCAAUAUGAAUCUGUAUGUAAAUGUUAUGGGAUCCAAAAUAAAAGGUGAACUUUAUAUCAAAGCUACUCUAAACCAAGAAGAAGAUUGGCUUCUCAAGAGGGUUGAACUGGAAAUGAAGGACAAAGCUGGGGGUAAAGUGCUCAUUUAUGAUAGAGAUAACAUCGAAGAGAUUGAUGAAAGUGAUCAUGGAAUUCAUUAGAAAUGUUGAUACCCCAUUGUAUAGUAAUAGAACAAAUCAUGUUAUAGUGGAUAGUUUUUCUCUAUCACCUAACAUUAAAGAUAAAUGUUAAUUAUUCAA